UCAGAUCCCUUGUUCGUCAACUUCCUGAGAAGGACGCUAAUGGCGAAUCGAUCGGAGGAAGCAGAGUACGAGAACGAUUCUCGGAGAAAUCACCAAGACAAGAAGAAAGAAGGAGUAUUAGAUCUGGUGUUGAAACGGCCUUUACGGUGGCUAAGAAUGCUCGUUGAAGAGCUUCACUGGAGCUUCUUCUUCGGUGUCAUUGUCGUCUAUGGAGUUAGCCAAGGACUUGGUAAAGGUCUCAGCAAAGUCAGCACUCAGUACUACUUCAAAGACGAGCAGAAGAUACAACCCUCUCAAGCUCAGAUUUAUGUUGGUUUGAUUCAGAUUCCUUGGAUCAUUAAACCUCUCUGGGGAUUGUUGACUGAUGUUGUCCCAGUUUGGGGUUACAGGAGACGACCCUAUUUCGUAUUCGCUGGUGUUCUUGCUAUGAUUUCCAUGAUGGUUUUAUGGCUUCACACGAAUCUGCAUCUUGCACUGGCUUUGUCCUGUCUUGUGGCAGGAAGUGCUGGAGUUGCUAUAGCAGAUGUAACCAUUGAUGCUUGUGUGACACAAUGCAGCAUAAGCCAUCCUACACUUGCUGCAGAUAUGCAAAGUUUGUGUGGUUUGAGUUCAUCCAUUGGUUCCUUGGUUGGUUUCUCCCUUAGCGGCCUUUUGGUGCACUUGGUUGGGUCCAAGGGUGUGUACGGUUUACUCGGUGUGACUGCAGGAUUGCUUGUUGUGGUUGGGAUGGUUCUUAAAGAAUCUCCUUCUCGCAGCCUAGGUCGCAAGCAUGUUAACGAGAAGUUUCUGGAUGCUGGCAGUGCAAUAUGGAAAACCUUUCAAUAUGGUGAGGUGUGGCGACCAUGCUUGUUCAUGCUAUUGUCAGCUGCAGUGAGCUUGCACAUUCACGAAGGCAUGUUCUAUUGGUACACAGAUGCAAAGGAUGGUCCUUCCUUUUCAAAGGAAGCCGUUGGAUCCAUUAUGUCAUUUGGUGCAAUCGGCUCUCUCGUGGGCAUACUUCUUUAUCAGAACUUUCUGAAGAACUUCCCUUUCCGGAAUGUCGUUUUCUGGGCACUUUCCCUAUCUGUCCUGUCAGGAUUUCUGGAUUUGAUCCUGGUGCUGCGCUUAAAUCUGAAGCUUGGUGUCCCUGAUUACUUCUUUAUUGUGGUAGAUGAGUUUGUUUCACAUAUGAUAAGUAGAAUCAAGUGGUUACCCUUACUUGUUCUCAGUUCCAAGCUCUGCCCUGCUGGUAUGGAAGGCACUUUCUUUGCUUUGCUCAUGUCUAUUGAACAUGUAGGACACCUAAUGUCGUCAUGGGGCGGAGGAGUAUUACUCCAUGCCCUGAAAGUCACGCGUACUCAGUUUGAUAAUCUCUGGUUGGUUAUUGUGAUCAGGAGUCUAUUGAGGGUAAUUCCAAUUGGAUUGGUCUUUUUGAUACCAAAUGUUGAUUCAAACUCAACCAUUCUCCCGGCUGAGAUGUUAACAAACAGAAGAAGUGAAGGUGUUGAUACCGAGAAGAUAGAGAUGACCGCUCUGAUCAGUGAUGAAGCUUGAGUUGAAUCAUUUUUGUUUUUAGGUACAGGAACAUCAGAUUCUUGAGAAAACCUAUCAAGUGGAUUCAUUGGAAUUCCAGGUUUAAGAAAUCUCUCAAGUUUUC